GUGUGACGUCAGUGACGUGAGAGCGUCGGGACUGUUUGUUCUGGAUUUGGGCUGAGGCUGAAGUGUGAGCGCUGACAGCUGACAGUACCAGAGUGUUCUGUGCUGCACCUGAUGCCGCUGCUCCUGAUGGGGUGAUCCCUGCACCCCCCUGCCCUGUCUGCCCUGUCUGCUGCAGCGCCUCAGGCCAGAGGAGAGAUGGGGGACGCCUCGGAGGGUGGGAUGCCCCCUCUCUCCACCCCCGCUUUGCUCUGGAACCCCCCGCCCCCCGAGACCUGUGACCCGGCACGGCCAAAGCGCCAGACCAACCAGCUGCAGUACCUGCUUAAGGUUGUGCUGAAGACUUUAUGGAAACACCACUUUGCUUGGCCCUUCCAAGCCCCAGUAGACGCCGUCAAACUCAACCUCCCGGACUACUAUAAGAUCAUCAAGAACCCUAUGGACAUGGGGACCAUCAAGAAACGCCUGGAGAACCACUACUACUGGAAUGCACAGGAAUGCAUGCAUGACUUCAAUACCAUGUUCACCAACUGCUACAUCUACAACAAGCCCGGGGAGGACAUAGUGCUGAUGGCAGAGUCCCUGGAGAAGCUCUUUCUGCAGCUCAUCACGGAGAUGCCUCAGGAGGAGACCGAGAUCGCCGUGGUGACCAAAGGACGGCGAGGGAGAGAGCCCGUGAUCAAGUCUGACUCGGGACAGGACACGUCAUCUGCCUCCAGCACCCCCCACACUCUGGGUUACUCCUCUUUGACACAGACAGUCCCUCUGGGCCAGGGCCCCACAGGCAUGGGACCUACAGCAAUGGGACCUACAGCCAUGGCACCCACAACCAUGGGCCCCACAGCUCUGCCCCUGCCCCCUUCCUCUCGCAUGCCCCCCUCCUCGCACACGCCUCACCUGUUUACCCAGGGAAUGACUGCUCUCCCUCCUGCUCCGCUCACAGUAAACCAGGCCAUCCAGCCGGCCCCAGUGCUGCAGAGCUCUCCGCCUUUCAUCAAGCAAAAGAAGAGUCAGAAGAGGAAGGCUGACACUACCACGCCCACAGCCAGUGAUCAGCACAGUGAGUCCUCUCCUGCUCCCUGCGAGCCCCGCCCCCAGCGCCACACCAGCUGGCUGUCCAAGCGCCCCAAACACGAUACGUCUCAGCCCGACUCGCAGCACCAGCCCGGCCUGCCUCUGGACUCUGGGGCCUCCACCCCCAAGAGACAGGAGCAGCUCCGCUCGUGCGCGCGCCUGCUCAAAGAGAUGCUGUCUAAGAAACACGUGGCUUACGCCUGGCCCUUCUACAAGCCUGUGGACGUCAAGGCUCUGGGCCUGCACGACUACUAUGACAUCAUCAAGCACCCCAUGGACCUCAGCACCAUCAAGAAAAAGCUGGACAACCGACAGUAUAAAGACGCUCAGGAGUUUGCAGCAGAUGUCCGGCUCAUGUUCUCCAACUGUUACAAGUACAACCCCCCGGACCAUGAUGUUGUGGGGAUGGCUCGCAAACUGCAGGAUGUGUUUGAGAUGCGCUUUGCUAAAAUGCCUGAUGAGCCGGAGAAGACUGCCCCUGUGCCCACCCCGUCCUCCGCUUGCCCCACCCGCCUGCCCCCUGCCCCUGUGGUGUCUGAGGAUAGCUCCGCCUCCUCAGAGACCGAGUCAUCAGUGGGGGGCUCCGACCACGAGCGCCAGCAGCGCUUGGCCGAGCUACAGGAGCAGCUCAAAGCUGUGCAUGAGCAGCUAGCCGCCCUGUCCCAGCCCCAGACCUGUAAACCCAAGAAGAAAGACCGGGACAAGAAGGAGAAGAAGAAGGAGAAGCACAAGCAAAAACUGUGUGCAGAUGACAACCUCGAACCCACCAAAAAGAGCCGCAGCACCAGGGACUGCCCUGGAGACAGGAGGGACAAGAAGGAUUGUCCCGGAGACAAGAGGGACAGGAAGGACUGUCCCGGAGACAGGAGGGACAGGAAGGACUUUCCUGGAGACAGGAGGGACAAGAAGGACUGUCCCGGAGACAGGAGGGACAGAAAAGACUGCCCCGGAGACAGGAAGGACAGGAAGGACUUUCCAGGAGACAGGAGGGACAAGAAGAGGCUCCGAAAGAAAGAAGGACUGAAGAGCCUUGGUCCAAUGGUCCCACCACUGAGCGGCCCCACCUCUCUGCUCCCCUCUGCAGCUCUGGAAGCAGACGCAGAUGGGGAGCCCAGUAAAUGGCCACCCAUGACAUAUGAGGAAAAAAGGCAACUGAGCCUGGACAUAAACAAGCUGCCUGGAGACAAACUGGGUCGUGUGGUGCACAUCAUCCAGAGCAGAGAGCCGUCGCUGAAAAAUUCCAACCCCGACGAGAUCGAGAUUGACUUUGAAGCUCUCAAACCCUCCACACUGCGAGAGCUGGAGAAGUACGUGUCCAACUGUUUGCGCAAGAAGAAGAAACAUUCAGAUGUGAGGAAGAUGAAGAGCGGCUCUUCCUCUUCAGACGACAGUGAGGCCUCAGGCAGUGAAGACACUGGCCAUGGGCUGCUUCCCAAACAACACAAGAUGACCUCCAGAAUCAAAGAUGUGAAGCGGGCCCCUGGACAGUUCCUGAGCACAACAGUGGUGGUGCAGUCCAAGUCAUGUGCUGUUCCUGUGGCCCCCGGGCCCCCUCCUCCACCGCAGACACAAGCCCCUGCAUACGACCCUCUAACCCACUACAUGACCCAACACCUGACACAGCACCUGAGCCAGCCCAGCGCAGAGCCUGUCCUCCCCAACCCUCUGGGACUGAUCAACAGUGGGAGCAGCCAGGUGCCCACAGCCCCUGUCCCCCAGCCCCCGCCCGUGCCUCCGUCUCCAGCCGUCCACAGUGCUCUCCCGCAGCAGCCCUCCAGGCCCAGCAGUCGUGCUGCUCCUCUUCCUCCCAAACCGCCCCAGGCCCCUCUGUCCUCACUGCCCUCCAUCUCAGCUCCUCCACUGCCCCUGAGCCUGCCCCAGAGCAUGACCCGGCCCCGUGUACCCUCUCCCCCCUCACACAUCCUGGGCACACUGUCGGCACAGCCCCCCCAGGCUCUGCUGGAGGACGAUGAGGAGACCCCUCCUUUGAGUCAAGUGCACAGCUUCCUACAGUCUCUGCAGGCCCGAGGGUCCCACACACAUUCACCACCACAGGAGCUCCUCAAUCCUGUGCUCAACCAAAGACACACACAGCCCGUGGGACUGACCCCCCACUGCCCCCCUGUCCACAAAGGGCCGGACCCCCUGCCCAAGGCAGCUCCAACAGAGCCUCAGCUGACCUCGGCUCUCAUCAAAGCCGAGCCCUACUCUGCAGGCUGUGUGCGUCCAGGCUCCUCUCCGCUCCUGCACUCUCCUCGUUUUAACCUAGUGGAGCAGCAGUCACCUCCACACUCCAAGAAGAACGAGCAGAGAUCCAAAACAACAAAUAUCAAAGAGGAGAGGGCUUCCCAUUCCCCGGUGUUGCCCCAGUCUCCCUUCAGCCCUACUCUGAGGCCGGACAACAAGCACAGAGCAGACGGGAGACCUCUGGAUGCUCCUCGAUCUGGGCCCCAGUUUCUCGACUCCCCAGGGCCCCAACACGACAGGAUCAAGCAGGAGGCCAAGGCACCCAUCUCCUCCAAGAAGACUCCUGAUGUGAAGCUGAAGAACAUGGGCUCUUGGGCGAGUCUGGCUCAGAGGUCCCAGUCGUCUCAGGCCUCCUCCGUGCGCUCGUCCAGCGACAGCUUCGAGCACUUCAGACGAGCUGCGCGAGAGAAAGAGGAGAGAGAGAGACAACUGAGGGCACAGGCAGAACAAGCCCGCCGCCACGAGCAUGACAAGCAACGCAGAGAUGAGGACGACUCAGUGGAGCAGGUUCGCCGCUCACAUGAUGAGGUCCGCCGUCGCCACGAGCAACCAUCUCCACAGCCCGUCACCCCUCCUGCACCUACACUGGCCCCGCCCGCACAGCCUCCACAAGCCCCGCCCACACAACCCACAUCUCCUGCCGCAGUGCAGACGGCUCUGGACCAACAGAGAGAGCUAGCACGCCGCCGCGAGCAAGAGAGGCGUCACCGCGAGGCUAUGGCCGACACCAUUGACAUCAACUUCCAGAGUGAUCUCAUGGCCAUCUUUGAAGAGAACCUCUUCUGAGUGGAGCAUCUUCUGACCCUUCACUGCAGUUUACCUGACCACAUUUACACUUCCAGGCUGAAGGACGAGGCUCUGCAAAAGUCAUGGCAUUAUUGUAAAAAAAAAAAGAAAGUUUUUAGGAUGCGCUCGUGUGUGGAGUGUGUGAGUGCACCUGUCUAAACAUGUUCACUGGACAGGUGGCCCUGUCGGUUUAUUCCGAGCAUUCUGUGUGUGAGAGGGCCAGCUGGGGUCCCCCGUCUCCUUCUCCCCUCCAUAUUCUGUAAACCCUACACAUACAGAAGGAUGGGACAGGACUGUGGACACGCCUGGACUGGCUGACCCCCGUGCUCUUACUGCGCCACAGCUACUUUUAAGUUUGUACAUGUAAAUACUGAUUUCCUCUUUGUUUUAUUUCUAUUUAUUCCCGCUGUGCUUGACCCUGGCGCUGUUGUGUAUUACCUCCAGAGGCUUGGAUCAUGUUCUGUCUGUAGUUUGGUUCUGUCCCGUCAGGUGGAGCUGUCAGUCUUUUGCGUUUCCAUGGACACGUUGGUUUGUUGAGGCCCAGAGCUCUGUGGAGUCACCUUGUUCAAAAUAGACUACGACCUUUUUUAUGAAAAGUAUUAAAAUUAUAUUUAAUAACA